GAGCAGAGAGUGCCAGGUCUCCAGGGUCCCUGGAAGAGACCUGCUCCAGCCUGUGGGCCCCUCGCCAUGGCCGCGCACCGGUUCCUGAUCCGCGGGGGCCGAGUGGUCAACGCUGACAGUUCGGAGGUGGCGGACGUGCUGGUGGAGGAUGGCGUGGUGAGGGCUCUGGGGUCACACCUGCUGCCCCAGGGAGGCGCGCCCACUGGUCUGAGAGUCCUGGACGCUGCGGGCAAGCUGGUCCUGCCAGGUGGCAUCGACACGCACACGCAUAUGCAGUUCCCCUUCAUGGGUUCACGGUCGGUCGACGACUUUUACCAGGGCACCAAGGCAGCCCUGGCAGGAGGCACCACCAUGAUACUUGAUUUUGCCAUUCCUCAGAAAGGAAGCUCCCUCCUUGAGGCCUUUGAGACCUGGAGAAGCUGGGCAGAUCCCAAAGUCUGCUGUGACUACAGUCUUCAUGUGGCAGUGACCUGGUGGAGUGACCAGGUCAAAGAAGAAAUGAGAAUCCUCACCCAAGAUAAAGGAGUAAACUCCUUCAAGAUGUUUAUGGCCUAUAAAGAUGUGUACAUGGUGGGAGAUGCUGAGCUAUAUGCAGCCUUCACUCAGUGCAAGGAAAUUGGAGCAAUUGCUCAGGUCCAUGCGGAAAAUGGAGACCUAAUUGCAGAGGGAGCAAAGAAGAUGCUGGCAUUGGGGAUAACUGGUCCUGAGGGCCAUGAGCUAUGCCGCCCAGAAGCAGUAGAGGCAGAGGCCACUCUGAGAGCCAUCACCAUUGCCAGUGCAGCAGGGUGCCCUCUCUACGUGGUGCAUGUCAUGAGCAAGUCGGCUGCCAGGAUGAUAGCAGAAGCCAGGAGAGAAGGGAAGGUGGUAUAUGGAGAGCCCAUAGCAGCAGGCCUUGGCACAGAUGGCACUCACUACUGGAGUAAAGAAUGGCACCAUGCAGCCCAUCACGUCAUGGGUCCACCUCUGCGCCCUGAUCCUUCAACACCCAACUUCCUCAUGAAUCUAUUGGCUAAUGAUGAUCUAAGCACAACAGGAACUGACAACUGCACUUUCAACACUUGCCAGAAGGCUCUUGGGAAGGAUGAUUUCACUAAGAUUCCCAAUGGGGUCAAUGGUGUGGAGGACCGGAUGUCAGUGAUAUGGGAAAAAGGCGUGCAUAGUGGCAAAAUGGACGAAAACAGAUUUGUGGCAGUUACCAGCACAAAUGCAGCUAAAAUUUUUAACCUCUAUCCAAGAAAAGGAAAAAUAGCUGUGGGAUCAGAUGCUGAUAUUGUGAUUUGGGACCCAGAAGCCACCAGAACCAUUUCGGCAAAGACUCAUCACCAAGCUGUCAACUUCAACAUCUUUGAGGGUAUGGUGUGCCACGGGGUGCCUCUUGUAACUAUUUCGAGAGGCAAAGUGGUGUAUGAAGCUGGAGUUUUCAACGUCAAGGCAGGAGAUGGGAGAUUUGUUCCUCGGAAACCAUUUGCUGAGCAUGUUUAUAAGCGAAUCAAGCAGCGAGACCUGACUUGUACACCGACCCCUGUGAAGCGUGAGCCCUAUAAGGAAGAAGUCAUCACAAUCGAAUCAAAGGAGACAAAAGAGGAUUCCCUGGCUGGAACGAGGAAAUAGAGCUGCCACUGAGCUGCAUGUUGUUGGUAAAAUCAGAGAAAAGGAUGUUGCUGUUCCCACCACAGCUAAAUGUUGUCAAUCCCUUAGAGGAAGCAGGCCUUAUUUCAACUUCCUGGGAGCCUUUUGAAAAAAAAAUAAUAGCUCCAGGCCACUUUGAUUUUUUUCCCUUCAGAAGCAGUUUCUGUCUUGCUCACUGUGACUUUGUUGCUGUGUAAAAUGGAAGACAGAAGUGAGUAUUAUUGCGACAGAAAGUCUCUGAAAAUUCAUUGAUGAUAUUCUCACAUGUAACCUCUGCUUCUCACGAGGUUUCUUUAUUUAAAAAAAAAAUCACUUUCUUGGUUAAAGCUGUUUCUAACAGCUACAUUUGAUUAAAAAUAGAAAAAUAUAUGAUGUUAUAGUCUUUCAGAACUGAUAAACAUGUAGGCCUUCAUUUUAAUUAAUAAAGUUUAUUAUCACUA